AUGGAGCUUCAACAAAGUAGGCUCCUGCUCGGAAUUGUCAAAUCGCACCUCGAUAGGCUCGUAUAUGCCAUACGGCUUGCGCCACCAAAAGCCAUCUUCGCUGUCAAAGCCAAAUUCAAAUUCCCUUUCGGGAAGCAAGUUGUCAGCAACCCCUACAACUUUUCGGAGGAGCUUGAGCCUUGCGCCGCGAUGUUCCUUAUUCUGAUCGGAUUCGGAACGUUGAUUCUUGCGUGGGCUUCUCUGCGCGUUGUGCUGACGCGUAAGGCACUCGAGAGAUCGAAGGUGAAGGAUAUCAAGGGCUUGAUUAUGUUCCCAACAAUGACAACGAUGAGUGUGCGCUCGAGAAACAAAUGA